CUCUCUCUCUCUCUCUCUCUCUCUCUCUCUCUCUCUCUCAACUACGCGCAAACACCUUCUUCGUCUUCUUCAUAAGAAAGAUUGCAACAAUCGAAGAAGAGCUCGAAAUGGGCCACCACCUCCACCACCACGACGGUGGCGAUGGCGUCCCUCAACAUGUCAAUAGCCCUCGAUUCUCCGGUCCUAUGACCCGCCGUGCUCAAUCCUUCAAACGCGGCGGUUCUGGUGGUGGUGGUACUAGUAGCAAUAGUCACGUCGGUGUCAGUGAUAACAUCGGAAUCAACAACAACAACAACACAUCCUCGUCUUCUUCGACCUUGAGAGUUCAUCACGAGAUAGAUCUGCCGCUUAAUUCGCCUAGAUCAGAGAUUGUUUCCGGUGGUUCUGGUUCAGAUCCGAGUGGUGGAUUUGAUUCUGCUGUUAAUAGGAAGCAUCAGACGUAUGGUCAGUUGAGGGAGAGAGUUGUCAAAGGCUUGUUGAGGAAGCCGAUGGGAUCGGUUGUUUCUGAUUUUAGUUUGAAGGAGAGGAAGAAACUUGGUCAUUGGAUGUUUUUUGCUUUCUGUGGUGUUUGUUUGUUUAUGGGUGUUUUCAAGAUUUGUGCUACUGGUUGGCUUGGAUCUGCUAUUGAUUCCGCUGCUUCUGAUCAGGAUUUAUCAAACUCGAUCCCCCGAGUAAAUUUACUUGAUCAUAGCUCACAUGAUUAUAUCUAUAAAGAUGGCGGGAAUGAUGUUGAUCCUACUUUGGUUAUGGUUGCUUCAGACGUGGUGGGUGACCAAAACAGUGUAGUUGAAUAUACUGGUGUUUGGGCCAAACCAGAGAGUGCAAAUUUCUCGCAGUGUAUAGACAGUUCAAGGAGUCGCAAAAAGUUAAAUGCUAAUACAAAUGGCUACCUUCUUAUAAAUGCUAAUGGAGGAUUAAACCAAAUGAGAUUUGGGAUAUGUGAUAUGGUUGCAGUAGCUAAAAUUAUGAAGGCAACUUUGGUGCUUCCCUCACUUGACCACAGCUCAUAUUGGGCUGAUGACAGUGGCUUUAAGGAUCUAUUUGAUUGGCAACACUUCAUAGAGGAAUUGAAGGAUGAUAUUCACAUAGUUGAGUCAUUGCCAUCAGAAUUAGCCUUGACCGAGCCUUUCGUUAAAACACCCAUAUCAUGGUCUAAGGUUGGUUACUACAAGAAAGAGGUCCUUCCAUUGUUGAAACAGCAUAUUGUAAUGUACUUAACCCACACAGAUUCCCGGCUCGCUAACAAUGACCUACCUGAUUCUGUACAAAAGCUUCGUUGCCGAGUAAAUUAUAAAGCACUAAAAUAUUCAGCUCCAAUAGAGGAACUGGGAAACAUUCUAGUUUCUAGAAUGAGGGAGGACAGAGGUCCAUACCUUGCUCUUCAUUUAAGGUAUGAGAAGGAUAUGCUGGCUUUCACUGGCUGCAGUCAUAGUUUGACAGCUGAAGAAGACGAAGAAUUACGACAGAUGCGAUAUGAGGUUACUCACUGGAAGGAAAAAGAAAUAAACGGAACAGAGAGAAGAUUGCAAGGUGGUUGUCCCUUGACUCCUAGGGAAACCUCGCUUUUGCUGAGAGCUUUGGAAUUCCCGUCCAGCUCCCGGAUUUACCUCGUAGCUGGUGAAGCUUAUGGAAAUGGAAGCAUGGAUCCUCUCAACACAGACUUCCCCAACAUUUUCUCACAUUCAACACUUGCCACUAAAGAAGAACUGAGUCCUUUUAAUAAUCACCAGAACAUGUUGGCUGGUUUGGAUUAUAUUGUUGCACUUCAGAGUGAGGUAUUUCUGUACACUUAUGAUGGGAACAUGGCGAAAGCGGUUCAAGGUCACAGGCGAUUCGAGGACUUCAAAAAGACCAUAAACCCAGACAAGAUGAACUUUGUGAAACUUGUUGAUGCAUUGGAUGAGGGGAGAAUAUCUUGGAAAAAGUUCAGUUCCAAAGUGAAAAAGCUACACAAAGACCGAAACGGAGCUCCAUAUAACAGAGAGUCAGGGGAAUUCCCGAAGCUGGAAGAGAGUUUUUAUGCAAAUCCUCUUCCCGGGUGUAUAUGCGAGAAUACAGAAGAACAUGAUCUGAUGCGACGGACAUAAACAUCGAAAGAUACAUCUGGUAAUAUUCUUUUAGUAGCCUGAGUUUUACAGUUAGCAAAAAAAGAAAAGAAAAACAAAAGAAGAAGGGGAUUGUGAUUUUUUUGCCUCCUGAAGCUAGAGAGGAUGAUCUUGAUUACCAAAGCUCAAAGAUUUGAGAAAUUGGUUUUCGAGACGAAUUAGAAACCGCGAAGACAGUAACUUUACUGGAAUCAUUUAAAAGAGAAAUCCCCAGCAGAAAUGUUCAUCAUCAACCUCUGUCAAAACUCUAUGGGGACAAAGCUUGCCUCUAGCUUAUGCCAUGGAGAUUUUGUGGAAGUGGGUAAAACAAAUAGGGAUUCAUUGUUUGUAACACUACAUUUGUCAAUUUUUUUUGUCUUCUCAUUUAACUCAAAAUUCAACUUUUUUGUUCA